CAAUUCGUCCUUAGUGCUUACAACUACACCAGCCAGCUUCAGCUGCCACUCUUACUAAACAUUCCAGGGCAAGAAACCUGUGCAUCUCGCCACCAAACAUGCAGCACUCUUGAUCACCUGUCAAUCGUUCGAUGCAAAUUCUUAUGCCCAUCGAAUCGUCAAAUGUAUGGGCAAGCCAACCGCCACGAGAGUCGCCGAUAUGCGCAAGUUUCACAACAAGUCAAAGCUGGGCUGCAAGCAGUGCAAGACGCGGCGCAUUAAAUGCGAUGAGGCGCGACCGCUUUGUCGCAAAUGUGCGCAUGCAAGCCUUGAAUGCUCAUUUCUGCUAGACGAUGUGGCAAAGCGUGCAGACACCCAGACUCAUAUCACGCCAACCAGCGAGAAGAAUUGCGACGAAGUGCAAGCGGCAUGCGCCAAGGGCCAGCACACUGCCUUGAGUUCAUUGUCGGUCUCGACCAGGCCGGUGAAUUCCCAGCCCCUCGCAACACUUGAUAUGCUCGACGAGCGCUUUAGUGCGUUGCACAUUCGGUUGUGGCGUCAUUUUGAGCACGACUUCUAUCAACAUCAGAAAGAAUUGUACCCAGGCCUCGAUGAGUUGGUCGCGCUAUUCCUCGACACAUCCUUGACGACGCCGUACCUCUUGGACGGGCUGCUGGCAUAUGCGGCGGUACAUAAAAGCACAGUCUACGAAUUUCAUCAAAGCAGCUAUCUUUUGGAAGCAAAAAGGCUACAAACUCGAGCCCUUGCACUGUACAACAGUGAACGCCCCGUCUUGUCUGAUGAGACAUGCCUACCAAUGUUUCUCUUCUCGUCUCUGUUAAGUCAUCACACGAUGUUUGAGGUCCGUCUAGAAGGACAAGAAGACUUGCGUUUGGCAGUGGAUGCCAUAACGCAAUCUAUUCCAAUCCAGCGUGGGCUUCACGCCAUAGCUCGGGCGGCGUGGCCGAUGUUCACAGAGCAGACGCAACAAACGUUCAUCCGCAGCUGUCAGAGGGAGACAGCCCUCGUUGAGGGCGCUCCGCGUCCGACGGAGGAGUGUGAUGCCCUUCUUGCUCACCUGGAGCGAGCUAGUUUCGGACCCUUAUACAAACACAUGUGCUGCAGUGCCGUAACAGACCUACAGAAACGGUUCAAUGCUCUUUCGAUGGGCGAUACCCAUUCAUCAUGGGCCGCCAUCCAGGAUUGGCUAGUUGCCGUACCUGCCGGGUAUGUCGAGCUCCUCAAAUCCUUCCAACCAGAGGCGCUUGUUAUUCUUGCAUACUUUGCCGUUCUUCUGCACUAUGGCGCAGAGCAUUGGUUUAUUGGAGACCUGGGGGUGCGAUUGAUAAGUCUCAUCAGUGAGAAUUUGGGCCCGCAUUGGAGAGAAUGGCUCGAAUGGCCGAUCCGAGCUACGAUGGAUCGGCCGAACCCUUAUAGAGGCAAAGAUUAGGCUCUGCAUACACUACCUUAAACUCGCAUAUAUCUGGACAAUUUGAUGACAGCCCCAUAGCGCCAAUUGAACAUGCCACUACUCAGGAC